CAAAGGAAAAUGAAAAAACCAUUGAUAGGGGAAAAGAAUAAGCAACCUGUCAAUGAAACCAAAGAUUAUCAUCAUCCAUGGAUGGUUUACUUCACCACAUUCAUUGUUGUCUGUGGUUCUUUUGAGUUUGGUGUUUGUGUUGGAUAUUCAUCUCCAACUCAAGACGCUAUCAGGAAGGAUCUUAGUCUGUCUUUGGCAGAGUACUCCUUGUUUGGCUCCAUCUUGACUUUUGGUGCGAUGAUUGGCGCAAAAACAAGUGGUCCUAUUGCUGAUUUAGUUGGACGAAAGGGGGCAAUGAGAGUAUCAAGUGCUUUCUGUAUUGCAGGAUGGCUUGUUAUUUAUUUUUCAAAGGGUCCAGUUUCUUUGGAUAUUGGGAGACUAGCAACAGGAUAUGGAAUGGGAGUUUUUUCUUAUGUGGUUCCUGUCUUCAUAGCAGAAAUUGCGCCAAAAGAACGCCGAGGAGUAUUGACUACCUUAAAUCAGUUCAUGAUUGUUAUUGGGGGAUCCACGGCAUUCAUAUUUGGAACAAUACUUUCAUGGAGGGCUUUAUCUAUAAUCGGCCUUAUUCCCACUGUUGUGUUGCUUUUGGGUCUAUUCUUCAUUCCAGAGUCCCCUAGAUGGCUGGCAAAGAGAGGACUCACAAAAGAUUUUGUGGCGGCAUUGCAAAUACUUCGCGGAAAAGAUGCUGAUAUAUCUCAAGAAGCAAAGGAAAUUCAGGAUUAUAUAACUAGUUUAGAAAAACUCGCAAAACCGAAAGUGCUGGAUUUGUUUCAGAAAAGAUAUUUACGCUCACUCACGAUUGGAGUAGGGCUUAUGGUCUGCCAGCAAUUUGGUGGAAUCAAUGGAGUUGGUUUUUAUGCUAGCAGUAUUUUUGACCUAGCAGGAUUUCCUUCCGCGACCGGUACUAUACUUUUUGCUAUCCUUCAGAUUGUGAUCACAGGUGUUGGAGCAGCCCUCAUAGAUAAAGCAGGCAGGAAGCCGCUACUAUUAGUAUCUGGAUCAGGACUGGUUACAGGAAGUAUAUUUACCGCAGUUGCAUUCUAUCUAAAGGUACAUCUCGACUAA